AUGUCUUGGCAAGCAUACGUUGAUCAGAGCUUGGUGGGCACCGGCCACGUAGACAAGGCGGCGAUUUUCAAUACCGAAGGCACAAGCUGUUGGGCAACCUCAAAAGACUUCAAGCCAUCCUCCACUCCUCCUGCAAAUCUACACAGAGGCACCCAACUGAUCAGCCUCCGUGAUCCACAGCUAUCACCCCAGGAACUCCGAGAAGUAGUCACCGCCUACAACGACACCAACGAACCCAAAGCCGUGCAGGCGACGGGCCUCCAUCUCGCCGGAGAAAAAUACUUUGUCAUAAAAGCCGAUGAGAAGAGUUUAUACGGGAAGAAGGGCAAAGAAGGCGUCGUGAUCGUCAAGACCAAGCAGACCCUCCUCAUCACACACUAUCCAGAGACGGUACAACCGGGACAAGCGGCGACGGUAGUAGAAAAACUGGGUGACUAUCUGGUGGGGACGGGUUAUUAG